AGAGCAGUGGUUCAGGUCGGACUCUUAAAGUGAAGAUUCCCAUUGAUUUUAACAGUAGGUAAAUUGGAAAGGAAUGAUAAGGAAUCAUUAAGUGUAGUAAAUUAUUUUGAGACACUUAUCUCUUCACUAUUAUCACUAUUGGGGAAGGCAAAUUAACUAUUUAUCUUUUACGUUCAUCAUUAAGAGGGAACACAUUGGAUCUGCAUUUUGAAUAUUGUUUUAUUAUAUUUGCUGAACUCUCAUUUUCUUUUGAAGCUCCUUGGCACUUCACAGGAGUGCUCAAAUCAGAAAUACCUCUCAAAAUGAAUAUAGUCUUUAUUUCCUUUCUAUAUCACCUCUUUAGCUCUUGGAAAUGGUUGUCUUGUAAUAGAAAACAUUGAUUAAUUACUGAUGGUAUUGAUACAGACAAGUAAAAUUAUUUUGCUGAUUUUUACAGCUUAUAAAGUACAAUCUGACUCAAGCAGCCACAAUGCAGAAGAGACCUGGGAGCAGAAGGGACGUUACAGAUGAAGCAGCUCAUUAAAGCCCUUCCUGUAUCUCCAGAAUGAUUUCUGUGGACAUGGGCCCCAUGGAACUCUGGUGAUCCCUGUUGCUCACACUUGUCACCAUGCUGGCAGAAGGAAUCCUAACGAGGUUCAUCUAUAAAGAAAGCUGUCAUCAAGAUAAGCCUUGCAAAUCUCCUGCAUCCCAAAAGGCUAAAGAGGGAAUCUGGAGACAGAAACUUGUAGACUUCCCAAAAAUGAAAGGCUUUGCUGAUGGAUGUGAGAGGCAGGAGGAGCUCUCUGCCAGGAGCAGCAAAGUGGAAGCCGGGAGCAGCCCCCGGUGGGGAUCCACAGAAAAGGAACCUGCAAAAGAUCAGGAAAUGCUGGUGAAAGGAACUGCAUCCCCAGCUUUACAUAUCCCCAGGAGAGGGGGAAGCCUGGACCAGGUGGAUUUGUACAGAUCCUGGCCAUGCAACAGCAUUUACCAGAACUACCCUGACCUGCAGAUCGGGGGGGACCGCGUGGGGGGCCCCACGUGUGACUCGGGCUGUGUCCUGGACCACGUGUGCGAUGAGCUCCCCGAUGGCCCCGUCCUGCUCUCCAUAGACAUUCCCCUGGGGCACUCCCCUCCUUGUGAGCAUCCCAGGAAGCCCAGUGGGAUGUCCCUGCCUGCGGAUGAAGCUGGAGAAAGGAGCCUUGCGCUCGGUGAGGAGCCCCUUUCCAGCUCCACGCUCAACAAGUACAUGGAAGCCAAGGUGGCAGAGCUCUACAAACAGUUUUUUGAAGAAAGCCUGGCCAGAUGUGGCUCCAUAACAAACCUCCUCACCUGCAGCUGGAUGAGGAACAGCGUGGACCAGAUCAGUGUUCAGAUCUCCCAGGAGCAGAACAUAGAAACCUCCAAAGCCAGAGGAGCCCUCUUGCACUCCUUGGCUUUGUUCAGCUCCCGCAACGCUCCCAACAGGAACAGCUCCGAGUUCAGCACCCCAAACCUCCAAAUCUCCACCACUGGGGGUGCAAAAUGGAGCUGCAGGAUGGAAUUCACGUCCUGACUGAGCUGCUCAGCUCAGGAGAGGGAUGGGAUUCGGGUACAAAUGUUUCACUCUAAGCAUUAGGUUGGGAAAUGGAAACAUUUGCACACUACACUUGAUCUAAUUAAUAUUUUAAUUUUAAAGCCCUUUGGUAGCAGUUGAAGUAAAGGUCACUGUUUUCUGUUUUUUAAUGGAGAAUUUGAAAUAAAUUUCCAUAAUACUGGUUAAUCAUGUUUUUAUAAUAUAUAGAGAAUCAUAGAACUGUUAAAGUUGGAAAUGACCACUAAGAUCAUCAAGUCCAACCAGCACCACUAAAUCAUGUCCUCAAGUGCCACAUCCACACAAAAAACCAUAAAUUAUCUGCAAAGUCAGCCUGCAAAAUGUCUGCAGCAUUCCUGAAAAAAUAGUGCAAGAUUCCUGCAUCUUCAUUUGGAAAUCUAAAUGCAGAUUUUUUGUAUGGAAAUACUGUUGUUUAGCUCUCAAACACAUUUUCUCCCCUUGCUCUUGCUUCUCAGCAAAUAUUUCAGCUGGAAAUUAUUCAUUAUGUCACCACUAUAAAAUGAUAGAUGAAUUGGAUUCUUACCUGCUCUGCAGAAGUUUUUUUCUAAUAA